UCAUUUUCUUGCAUUCUAGUUUAGGAAUAUUAGUUAUAUAAACACAAAAAGACAAUCAAACCAUAUUGUCCAACUUCAUGUACCUGUUUUGAAGCCGUCAACGAGUUAUAAUUCAAUCAAAGCAAAGUGCGUGAAUAAUGUAAGUCUGCUGAGAUUAUUUUUAUUCAUCUUGACCAUACAUAUAUAUAUAUAUAUAUAUAUAUAUAUAUAUUUAUUUAUUUAUUUAUAUAUUAGGGGACUUUGGAUUUCUAUAAUUGUUUUUCCUAAUAUUAAAUAUCAGGCUUUCUAUACAUUAUAUAAAAAAUCAAAAAGAUGGAACCAUAAUUAGAAAAAAAACGAUAUUUUUUUUGAUGUAUUUUAAUGGGGGUUUCUUCACUUUUUCGCGUUCCAAAUUUCGAAUGAUCAACCUGUGAUUGCUUACCUCCUUGUCUAUCUCUUUCCCAAUCCUUUUACAUUAUCAGAAGACACUUUAGCGUUUCACGGGUCUGUCGAACAAACGGAAACCUUCUCUUUUUUCUUCCUAUCACAUGACGUGUAAAAUAUCUUGAUUUCUUUUGAAUAACAGCAAAGUCCAGUAUUCAAUAAUUUGCGGAGCAACAACACACGAGAUCCUCCCAUCUAACUAAAUUUCCUUAUACCAUACGGUAUGAUUAAAAUGUAUGUACAUCGUUCGUUCAGAUUACUUACUUUGGGAGUGAAUGGUGUUAGGUGCUUUUCAAGCGACGGUCGUCCAAUCUCCACGGUGGAACGUUCCACCAUACCGGCCUCCUCCUCGUCACCCAUCAAAACUGGACCCAACCACAAUUCCCUUAAUAAAACAGAUAACCAACAUAUUUCCGGUCCAUCUGGUAGCUGUUAUUACUUUCAGUCCUUACGAGAAAGCCCUAUCAAAAGUGAUUCAGGUCCAAGCACUGCCUAUAAUGAACAAAAAAAGACCUCCAUUCUAUCUUUUUCGCUUCCAAAACUUAAUGUUCAAGAUGAUAUGCUAAAAAAUAAUCACGGUGAUACUGAAAAAUCAAAAGACAGCCAAAACAAUUCCGGUAAGCACAAAUUCAUCAAUGGUAUAUUCAGAGGUUUUGUGGUUGAUACCUCUGUACCACCGAUUUCGCGCGAAGAGUUGAUCCGAUGGCGCUUAGAUCGCAUUUUACAUAACAUGUCCGUAUAUAUUUCUCGUUCGGCCCAAUCCGAGCCUAAUUUUCUUCUCCCACCGAAUGCCAUGGUGACAUCGCUUGGUCCCAAAAUGGAUCAAAUCGACGCCAUAUACCGCAAAAAAGGAUGGUUCACCCCCUCGGAGGUGGCCGAAGUCUUCAUCAAACUCACCCCAACGUUUUAUGUCGAAACCCGGCACAUUUUUAACCUCAUCCCAUCAAACGUGAUGAUUCGCAUCGACUCCCAAUACCUUCGCAAGGAGUGGGUGGGGAAUAUCUUUGCGAGGUACCCCAUGCUCUUCAAGCUCUCCCGCCCCAGCUUCCAGCGAUCGGUGGUGAAGUUGAAUGCCGACCUCUGGUUCGUCCGCGCGCACCCGGACUUCAAAAAAGGCAAUUGCCUGCACUACAAAAACAACGCCGAGUACCACGUCGGGGCCGGCGGCGUCAUGAGCCGGAAUGUCCCCACCGGCGAGGCGGCCGACGAGGCCGACCCCGCGGCGGCGGGGGGUUCCUCCCCUCCUCAGAGGCCCCUGGCGCCGCCAAGGAGCCCAGGAUCGCGGCGGCGAAGCCGAAGCCCGUCGAACUGCGGAUUUUUGAUAUUUUGGUAA